UGCCCAACGUGUACUCCCUUAGAUUUUACUUGCGCAGAUUAAUUAUCAUAAUGACUAUCAUAAUAAGAUGUAUAUUCGGAAUCAUUGAAGGAAGUGUUUUCUCGCCGAAGUGACAAUCUCAUCUGGUCCAUGAUCUUUGAACCAUAAAGCUGCCCUUUUUAUAUACACAGAAGGACUACGUGCUUGAACAGUACCCCGGGAACAGUACAUGUACAUACGACACGACACAAAGAACAAGAAUUGGUUGUCGUUUUUUUUAGUGUGGAGUGAAUCAGAAGAUUAUAUGCUUCCAAUAUGGCGUGGGUUCUUCAACUAGCUCUCAUAUCCGCAUACGUAUCAGCAGUAUGGAGUGCGAAUAUUUUCAUAUCCGUAACGUAUGGCGAGGGUAGCCAUUAUCUAUCUUCCACUUCAUUUGGAGCUGAGCUGGUAAGACGAGGACACAAUGUAACAUAUCUCAUUAGUAAUGCGUACGAGAAUCGGGCUCACCAUCCAGAGCAUUCUCAACUAUUUCAUUACGAGAUCUUCAACCAUUCAGUGCCUCUUGAGAAAGUGUACAAACGGACGAGUGAGAUAGCCGCCCAUGCCUUUAACACCGACUUCAACAUGGACAUGAUCUUCACUCUUCACAAAUGGUUGAACCCUCUUGCCAAAGACUGUCGGGCGGCACUGAGCGACCGGGCUCUCUUGGAGAGAUUACGUAACGCCAACUUUGAUUACACGAUCCUGGACCUUACCUGGAGCUGCAGUGUGCUCCUAGCCGCGUACUUGGAGACACCUAUCGUUCUCUACAACCCGCUGGCAUCACAGUACGACGUCUUUCGCGAUAUUGCAGGAACUCCCUUCAUACCUGCAGUGGUCCCAGAAGGCGUCUUUGGCACCCCUCAGAGGAUGAACUUCAAACAAAGGGUCGUCAGUUUUCUCGGAUCGUUAUUAUUACAACAGUUGCAAUUUAAAAUGUUUGUUGAGCUUUACGACCCUCUUCGCCACGAGUUUGGAAUUCUUGAAGACCAAACCAUAACUGAUUAUGUCGUGAAAAACACAGAUUUGAUACUGACAGCCAGUGACCCUGUUAUUGACUUGAUUCAUCCAUUGCCUCCCAAUAUUAUUGAAGUAGGUGGACUACUAACAAGAGCCGCCAAACCGCUUGAAAAGGAGCUUGAUGACUUCAUGAACAGCUCUGGUGAUGAUGGGGUCAUCAUCCUAUCCCUUGGUACAUACGUCAAGGUGAUGCCUCAGCGACUCAACGAUGUCUUCGCCUCUGUCUUCGCUAACCUACCUCAGAAAGUCAUCUGGCAGCUACCCGACAAUUCACCAACAACUCGGAGCCCAAACAUCAAAACAAUGGGGUGGUUGCCGCAGAAUGAUCUUCUUGGUCACCCUCGGACGAAACUAUUCAUCUACCAAGGGGGUAACAACGGUCUCUACGAAGCUCUUUAUCAUGGCGUACCUACUUUGGUACUUCCUGUCUUUGCUGAUCAGUUGUGCGUUGCGUCAAGGGUCACAGAGAAAGGAAUGGGCUCUUCAUUGGACAUACAUACUCUCAGCGCAGAAAAUUUGGACAAGGCGAUUAGAAUGAUAUUAAGCAAUAAUACGUACGCCGAUACUGCCAAACGACUCUCUGCCAUAUACCGCGAUCGCCCUGAAACACCUGCCGAACGCGCUGCAUUCUGGGUAGAACACGUCAUCAAAUUUGGCGGGAAAUACAUGGAAUCACCUGCUAAACACCUAAACUUCAUCCAACUUUCUCUCCUAGAUGUGAUUGCAUUUUUAAUUUUCUGCCUUGUCGUAGUAUUAGCUAUCAUUUUCUUUUCUUGCCGUUGCAUAUUCCGAUGUUGCUUUUCCAUGUGCAAAGACAACAAUAAAAAGAAGAAAGAUUGAUUAUUAUUUAGAGUUUAUUUAAAUGAUAAUACAGUUAUCUGAAAUAAAUCGAAACCAAAUGAACGAUAAUUAUGUAUAAUAAUAUUUAAUAUAUAAAAUACAACUUAUAAUAUAUUGUUAUGUAUAAUUAUGUAUUAUAAGUUGUUUCUUUGUAGUUCGUUACUAUUAUUGACUCGUGACUCUGCCAAUUGAAAGUCGGACCACAUCUGUCCAGGGGCGUCGAUCCAUUUUUCAGAUGGGGGGGGGGCAAAAUCAUGAAUCAACUUCCCAAAGGCUCUCGA